AUGGCUAUCUGUAGCACCUUCUUUGCGCGCAUGAACAUUCGGAAGCACACCUGGCGCCACCCGAAUGGCGAAUCGUGCACACAAAUCGAUCACGUUUUGGUGGAUGGUCGACACUUCUCGGACGUGAUGGACGUCCGAUCGUACAGAGGACCGAACAUCGACUCUGAUCACUUCCUGGUAGCGUGCAAGAUCCGAGCUAGGCUGUCGAACGUGUUGACCCCGCGGACUGCGAGGAUAGCGCGGUUGAACGUCCAGCGCCUCGCGAGCAGCGACGUUGCUGCAGAGUACAGUCGGAAGCUCGACGAGCGGAUCAACGAGGACGCGCCUACGGGUAACCUGGACGAGCAAUGGGGAGCCCUCCAGAGCAUCGUCAACACAACGGCUACCGAAGUGAUCGGCACGACCAGAGGACGCAAACCCAAAGGGUGGUUCGAUGCGGAGUGCCAGCGAGUGACGGACGAGAAGAACGAGGCCAGGAAGCGUAUGCUGGUGAAGGGUACGCGCCGAAACUGUGAGCGAUACAGUGAGUUACGAAGAGCAGAGAAACGAAUCCACCGCCGAAAAGAACGGGAGUACGACGAAACGGUACUCGCCGAAGCGGAAGCACAGUACAACGCGAACGAUAAGCGGAGGUUUUACGCUACUGUCAACGGUGUAAGAAGGAAAACCACGCCUUCCCCUGUGAUGUGCAACGACACGGAAGGCAACCUGUUGACAGACAAGACUGCGGUGGCUGCUAGGUGGAAGGAGCACUUCCAGCAGCUGUUGAACGGUGAGACACGAGAGGGAAUCGUCGAGGACAGGAUACACGUUGAGGAAGAUGGAAAAGCUGUGGACCCGCCUACGUUGGAGGAAGUAGCUAAGGCUGUUAAAGAGCUCAAGAACGGGAAAUCCGCGGGAAAGGACGGACUUCCGGCCGAACUUUUCAAGCACGGGAGUACGCGGAUGACCGAGAUUCUGCACCAAAUCAUCCUACGCAUUUGGUGCGAAGAACAGCUUCCGACCGACUGGUUAGACGGGCUCGUCACCCCAAUCUACAAGAAAGGGCAAAGACUCGAUUGUGCCAACUAUCGAGGCAUCACAAUCCUCAACGCAGCGUACAAAGUAUUCUCCCGCAUCCUGUGGAGCAAACUGAGACCGAUGACCGAGACCUUUGUCGGCGAAUAUCAGUGCUGGUUUCAAGCGGCGUACGAUUCAGUCAAAAGAAACGAACUUUGGAAAAUUAUGCUAGAACACGGCUUUCCGGCGAAGCUAAUAAGACUGAUUCGUGCAACGCUCGACGGAGCAAAAUCAAGCGUGCGAAUAGCAAACGAGACAUCAGAAGCUUUCGUUACGUUGGAUGGAUUGAAGCAGGGCGAUGCUCUCUCGAACUUACUGUUUAUCAUAGCGUUGGAGGGUGCUGCUCGAAGGGCAGGCGUGCAAAGAAACGGAACACUCAUCACUAAAUCGCACAUGCUGCUUGGAUACGCUGACGACAUCGACAUCAUUGGUAUCGACCGUCGUUCAGUGGAGGAGGCGUUCGUCCCUUUCAAGCGGGAAGCUGCGAAGAUCGGACUGACCAUCAACACUGCCAAGACCAAGUAUCUGGUUGCUGGCAGAGCGCGUGGCAGUGCAGGUGAUGGUGUUUCGGAGGUGGAAAUAGAUGGAGAAAGAUAUGAGGUGGUGGAUGAAUUUGUAUAUCUUGGUACAAUCGUGACGUGCGACAACGAUCUCUUUACGGUCACGAGUCGUGGACGCUAA